AUUCGGGCUCAGCUUCUAACCCAAACGCCAAACGCCUAACGCCUUAUAUGUAAGUCACUGGUGGAGAGUUAUUCGGGACAGAGUUUAGUCUCUUCGUAAAUUCAAGUGAAGAACGUUUAAUUUUUUAGUGAAGUUCCCGAUUUACUAGACAUAAUGGCGGAUAAAGAGAAAGUUAAGAAGAAGAAGGUAAAGAAAGAAGAAAAAGCUGAAGAUGACGCACCAGCAGCACCCGAACCAGAGGUCACCCCAAGAUCUUCUACCCGCGCCAGCACCAAAUCGUCGAAAAAAGCUGUCAAACGAUCAGGCAGUAAUGUCUUUUCUAUGUUCUCCACGCAACAAGUCGCAGAAUUCAAAGAAGGUUUCAGUAUGAUGGAUAGAGACAAGGACGGUAUUCUCGGUAAAGAAGAUCUUAGAGCAACUUGGGAUCAAGUUGGAAAAUUGAUGAGCGACAAAGAAUUAGACGAAAUGUUGCACGAAGCUCCUGGCCCAAUCAACUUCACUCAAUUAUUGUCUCUGUUCGCCAACAAAAUGGCCGGAGGUGCUGAUGAUGAUGAAACUGUAAGAAACGCUUUCACCGCAUUCAGCGACAAGGGUAAAAUCGACAGCAACAAAUUGAAACACGCUUUGAUAACUUGGGGCGAUAAAUUCUCUCAGAAAGAAGUGGCUGAUGCUUUCGAAGCCAUGGAUAUCGACAGAAAUGGACUCAUUGACACCGAAGAAUUAAUCCAAAUGUUGAUUGCCGGAGGAGAAGAAGAAUAAGUUAAUCUACUUCUACUGCCAAAAAAAAUUUAGAUCGGAUAAGAAAAAUUGUAAUUAUUAUCAUAAAUUAUACGCGAUUUGUUUUCUACCACGUAUCGUUGAUUUUCAACAGAGAAAUAAAAAUCCGGAAGUUAAAUUUCAUAAAAAUUUACGCAUGUUGUUGUUUUCGAAGAGAGCUCUUUUAUUUUUAAUGUA